AUGUCGUGGCAUUUUCUUGUAAAACUUGAGGGCCACGAGAAGAGGGGUCGUGACGCUAAGGUUCUGAACUUGGAUGUUGUGGCAUGGAGAGGAGGGCACCGUAUAACUAAGGUUCUGGUUUGGAGAGAUGGGCGGGAUGAUUUUCCAGUACCAUCAGGAAAUGGAAACAACAUGUCUGUUGGCACUAUAAUUGGGAUAGUGGUUGCUGUUCUAUUUACAGUUUUACUGGUUUUGAGUAUUCUUUGGUGGAAGGGUUGCCUCAUACCCACAGAUACUCUAGAACAAGAUCUAAAGGGUCUAAGACAACACACUGCAUUAUUUACCUUAAGGCAAAUUAGAGCUGCCACGAACAAUUUUGAUCCUGCCAAUAAGAUAGGAGAAGGUGGUUUUGGUCCUGUGUACAAGGGUCUUCUGUCAAAUAGAACCGCGAUAGCCGUGAAGCAGCUUUCUUCCAAAUCAAAGCAAGGGAACCGUGAAUUUAUUAAUGAAAUAGGCAUGAUUUCUGCGUUACGACACCCUCAUCUUGUAAAUUUUAGUACUAUACUCUUAUAUCCAAAUAGAUACACUGCUCGAAGCUCUUGA